CGCACCAGUUACUUUUCACAGUUAGAAUUUUCUCCAUAUUUUUUUUUUUAGAAGAUUGGUCAUUGGAAGCAAAAAUGACUUAAAUCAUGAUGGGGGAAAUGAAUGAUCGAUUUCAUUACGUUUACAGUUGUGAUCUAGAUGUAAAUCUUCAAAUUAAGAUAGGGACACUGGAGGGAGAGCGGCAGAGGCCUGACUACAAAGAACUUCUGGAUGACCCUAUGCUGAAGUUUUCUGGGGUGUAUGGAGAGGAAUGUUCUGACCUGUACGUUACCUGUCAGGUGUUUGCAGAUGGACACCCACUCUCCCUGUCAAUGAGCACCUCCUACAAAGCAUUCAGCACUAGAUGGAAUUGGAAUGAAUGGAUAACACUUCCUGUCAAGUACAGUGAUCUUCCAAGGAACGCCAUCCUUAGUUUAACCAUUUGGGACAUUUAUGGAACCAAUAAGUCCAUUCCUGUAGGCAGCACAGUUAUUCCUUUGUUUGGAAAAAGAGGAACCUACCGACAAGGCAUGCAUGAUUUGAAGGUGUGGCCAGACAUGCUCCCUGACCCCAGCUCAAACUCCACCACCCCAGGGAAGUCUAAGGAUCACAAGGACCAAAUGAGCAAAUUAGCCAAGCUGAGCAAGAAACACCGAGAUGGCCACAUGCUAAAAGUAGAUUGGUUAGAUCGGCUUACAUUCCGUGAAAUUGAAAUGAUCAAUGAAAAACAGAAAAGGGACUCCAAGUUUAUGUAUCUGAUGAUUGAAUUCCCCCUCAUACAUUAUGAAGAUAUCGAGUACUCAGUUGUCUACUUUGAAAAGGAUGGAGAUGAACCUUUGGUUUACAAAACAAUACCUGAUUUAGUUCAAGUGCCUGAUCCAGAAAUUGACAUGGAAAAUUUGGUGGAAAGUAAACACCACAGAUUGGCCAGGAGUUUGAGAAGUGGUCCAACGGAUAGAGACAUGAAGCCAGAUGCCAAAACCAGAAAUCUACUCCAUGAAAUUGUCCGCUAUCCACCCACUAAAACUCUCACAUCUGAAGAGGAAGACUUGGUGUGGAAAUUUAGGUUUUACCUAUGUAACCAGAAAAAGGCCUUGACAAAGUUUUUGAAGUGUGUGAACUGGAAACAACCUCAGGAAUCCCGUCAGGGGAUAGAACUCCUUACCCGCUGGAGUCCCAUGGAUGUGGAGGAUGCCCUGGAACUUCUCUCCCCAGCCUUCUCGCACCCCACGGUCAGGAAGUACGCUGUGUCCCGACUCAGGCAGGCCGAUGAUCAGGAUCUUUUGCUGUAUCUGCUCCAACUGGUUCAGGCCCUGAAGUAUGAGGACUUUGAGGAGAUCAUGAGAUACAAUGACAGCAUAGUAGACAGGAAGGACUCUGUCAGUGACACAAGUGCACCUGAAAAAACCAGGACUACUAGUGUUCUGUCCAGAGCAUCUUCCAAUGAAUCAAUCUUGCAUGCCUUGGGAGGAUCAUCUCCCUCACAGUCUGAAAGUCCAGAGUCCAAGCUAGAGAGAGAGAUGGAUCUUGCCAGUUUUCUGAUCUCCCGUGCAUGUAACAAUACAUCUCUUGCAAAUUACUUCUACUGGUACUUGUCGGUGGAGUGUGUAGACCCCAAUGGCCUUGAUGUAAAAGACUCCAAAGUGACCAAAAUGUAUCAGCAUGUUUUGAAGAGGUUCUCGCAGGCUCUGUUCAAGGAGAGUAAUGAAUCUAGACAGAGACGCUCCAUGAUUGCUCGGCAGCAGACAUUUAUAGACAGGCUGGUGGAUCUAGUCAAAAUUGUAACCAGGGAAAGCGGCAAUAGAAAGAAAAAAAUAGAGAGAUUGCAGGCUCUACUACAUGAUCAAGAAGCCUGUAAAUUUGAUUUCUCCAACUUUGAGCCAUUAUCACUACCUCUUGACCCAGACAUUAAAAUUUGUGGAAUCAUUCCAGAAAAAGCAACUCUAUUCAAAAGUAACUUGAUGCCUUGUAAAUUUGUGUUCAAAAUGGUGGAAGGUGGGGAAUACAUGGCCAUGUACAAACAUGGGGAUGAUCUUCGACAGGAUAACCUCAUUCUGCAAAUCAUCACUCUGAUGGACAAGUUGUUGAUGAGAGAUAAUUUGGAUUUAAAGUUGACUCCUUACAAAGUUCUUGCUACCAGCUGUAAGCAUGGCUUUGUCCAGUUUGUGGAGUCUGUGGCAGUAGCAGAGGUUCUCAAUCAGCACACAGGCAUCCAAAGCUUCUUCAAAAUUUGUGCCCCGUGUGAAAACACUCCAUACGGAUUCCAACCUGAAGUCAUGGAUAAUUUUGUGAAGAGCUGUGCUGGCUACUGUGUCAUAACAUAUGUGCUAGGUGUUGGAGAUCGGCAUUUCGAUAAUUUAUUGCUGACAAAGACAGGAAAGCUAUUCCAUGUAGACUUUGGCUUCAUACUUGGGCGGGACCCCAAGCUCCUCCCCCCACUGAUGAAGCUGACAACAGAAAUGAUUGACGGAAUGGGCGGCCCAAACUCUGAGCAUUUCCAUGAUUUUAAGAAACUCUGCUACACAGCUUUUCUUGCAAUCAGAAGGUCUUCCAACCUCAUUCUAAAUCUGUUCACGUUAAUGGUCAAUGCCAACAUUCCAGACAUCGCUAUAGAGCCUGAUAAAUCAGUCAAAAAGGUUCAGGACAAGUUUGUUCUCCACCUGACAGAUGAAGAGGCGGUGCAGUACAUGCAGAAUGUAAUUGACGGCAGCGUGUCGGCCAUGAUGCCAGUGCUGGUAGAGAGAUUCCACACUAUAGCACAGGCAAGUACUAGUCAAACCCUGUACAUCAAAUACACACUAUAGCCCAGGCAAGUACUGGUCAAAACUACACACUAUAGCCCAGGCAAGUACUAGUCAAACCCUGAACAUCAAAUACACACUAUAGCCCAGGCAAGUACUAGUCAAACCCUGUACAUCAAAUACACACUAUAGCCCAGGCAAGUGCUAGUCAAACCUACACACUAUAGCCCAGGCAAGUACUAGUCAAACCCUGAACAUCAAAUACACACUAUAGCCCGGGCAAGUAGUAGUCAAACCCUGAACAUCAAAUACACACUAUAGCCCGGGCAAGUAGUAGUCAAACCCUGUACAUCAAAAACACACGAUAGCCCAGGCAAGUACUAGUCAAACCCUGUACAUCAAAUACACACUAUAGCCCAGGCAAGUACUAGUCAAACCCUGUACAUCAAAUACACACUAUAGCCCAGGGCAAGUACUAGUCAAACCCUGUACAUCAAAUACCCACUUUAGCCCAGGCAAGUACAAGUCAAACCCUGUACAUCAAAUACACAUUAUAGCCCAGGGCAAGUACUAGUCAAACCCUGUACAUCAAAUACACACAAUAGCCCAAGGCAAGUACUAGUUAAACCUAUACAGAACAUUUGGUUACUGUCCACACUAUUGCCAAGGCAAGUACUAAUCAAACCAAUAGAUACAGAAUACAUGCUAUAGCCCAGGCAAGUAUUAAUCAAAUCAAUAGAUACAGAAUAAAUGCUAUAGCCCAGGGGCAAGCACUAAUCAAACCUUAUAAAUACAUCUACACAACACAAGGUGGUCACUGUCUUGAAUAAAAAAGUGAUAGUUAGAUGAGGGUAUGAAAACAUGAGAGUCUGAGACUGAGGCAUGUAUAUGUACUGUAGAUUUUUUUUAUUACAUAAACACCUAGAAUUGUGCCCACCAAAAUUUUGUUACAAUUUCACUUUGUUUACAGCUAUCAGAAAAAACAUUUUUUUUCUUUAUCAAAAAGAGUGUUAAAACUGACCUACAUGAGUAAAAUUAUCAUGGAUGAAAGAUAGUUGGAAAAUUUUCAAGAUCAGAUUGGUCUGUAAUCCAUGAGGAUCACAGAGGAGUCCAAGUUUGUGGGCAGGGGAUACAUACAUUACAAGUAGUGAAGUAGGAAUUUAUAGAAAAAAAUAUAAGCUACAAAUAAAUAAGUUGAUGCAAAAGAUAGGUAAGAAUAUACAAAUUUGAAUAAUACAGAACCCCCAUGGGUCAGAAAAGUGCUAUUAUUGCCGGGAAGUUGGGUUUUUGUAUUGCAUUUGAUAAAUAGUGAAGCUAUUCAGACACUUUGUCAAUUUGAUUUUAUUGUUCAGGUGAAUGAUGUGGCCCAUGGGCCUCUUGUUUUACCACGUGUGACCCAAGUGUUCCCUUAAUCAAUGUAUGUUGUCUUCUAUGAUUGGCACUAUGGGUUAAAGUGCCCAACACAAUAUGCUGGCUUAUCGGUGAUUGUGUAGUAUACAGAUUGUUUGUAUUCGAUUUAUACUACAUAAACAUGUAUCUAUAAAUAAGAUAAAAUACUUGUAUGUGAUUUAUAUUAGGUACACAUAUGUAUGUAUUAUAAGAUAAAAUACUUUUAUUUGAUAUACAUGAAUAUGUAUUAAAAGAUAAAAUACUUGAAAGAGAAACUUGGAAAAUAGUCAAUUUGUAUUUUUUUUUUACAGAAAUGGAGGAAAUAGGAGUCUAUGAAAGGGACCAUUUCUG